AUGACCGUCCACAGGGCCCAGGACGUGCAGGUCACGGUGCAGCAGGGCACGCUGCUGGGGACCGUCGUCCAGAGCGUCUACAACACGACCUACACCGCCUUCCGUGGGAUACCCUAUGCCGAGCCGCCAGUCGGGGAGCUGCGCUUCGCGGAUCCUCAGCCAGCCGGUGACUGGGAAGGGGUACGCGACGCCACGGAGUACGGCAGCGACUGCGUACAGCCCGACGGCAGCGGCUCCGAGGACUGCCUCUACCUGAACGUGUACGUGCCGGGCGUCCCAGAGCAGGGCGCCAACCUGCCCGUGCUCUUCUGGGUGCACGGCGGGGGCUUCUACUACAACAGCGGCUCCGACACGGAACACGGACCCGACUUCCUCAUCUCCUACGGCGUCAUCCUCGUCACCAUCAACUACCGGUUGGCUCAGUUCGGUUUCCUGAGUACAGGUGACGAGGUCGUCCCUGGAAAUGCGGGUCUCAAGGAUCAGCACCUGGCGCUCACGUGGGCGAAGCAGAACAUCGCCAGCUUCGGUGGCGACCCUGACCUCAUCACUCUGUGGGGCCAGAGCGCCGGUGGAUGGUCUGUAUCUUACCACCUCGUCUCCCCACUGUCCACAGGCCUUUUCUCAAGAAUUAUCAUCCAGAGCGGCAAUUUCAUUGCACUCUUACCUUCUCUGGAGCUGGCCCGCCAGAAUGCCUUUAGACUGGGAGCAGCCCUUGGCUUCGAGACAAAUGACUCACAACAGCUGGUGGACUUCCUGCGCUCUGUGAAUGCUACUGACCUGCAGGUGGACAGCUCGCUCGUCAUGUCUGAUCAGGAAAAACAGUUGUUUUCGUACACUCUAUGGUAUCCUCACACCGAGCCAGACUUGGAAGGUGCCUUCAUCUCUGAGUCAGCAAUCCAGAGGCUCAUCGAUGGCCAAUUCGUCCAAGUUCCUAUCAUGACUGGCGUCACUUCUGCUGAGUUGGGUGCUGGAAUUCUGUCCAACCCAAAUAAAAUCAACGCACUCAACGACCACUUUGUUGAGACGGUCGGACCAAAUCUGCACUUGCCAACUGUGGAAGAGCAGCAGGAGGCGGCUGCCAAGCUGAGGGAAUUCUACUUUGGCAAUGGGACGAUCUCUCUAGACAAUCCGGAGCCGCUCGUGAAUUUCAACAACGACUACCUUAUGUUCGAGCCGACUGACGCCCUCGUCAGGAAAGUGACUGAAAUCACGGAUCUGCCAGUUUUCUACUAUGAGUUUGAUUACCACGUGGACAGCGUCAACUCUUCAGAGUGGGGAGCCCCGCACUCCAGCGAUCUGCCGUUUCUCUUUGUAAGGAAAGACACCGUAUAUAAUCUGGAUCCCGACUCAGACGAGGACAAAGUUCGCAGAAAUGUGCUUCGUUACUGGAGCAAUUUCGCGAAGUACGGAAACCCUACUCCAGAAGCAGACCCCGUGGUAUGGGAGGCGUACAACAACUCGACCCGCAGUUAUAUGCUCAUGCAGGCCACCUUUACACUCUCACAUGGUAAGGAUGCGGAGCGCAUGGACUUCUGGGACGAGAACGUGCCACUACUGCCUUACGCCGAUAACUUCUAA